UUUAGUAGAGGUGUAUUAUCUAAAAAAAAUAUCACAUUUUCAGUGAGUAAUUUACAAUUAGUUUCUAUGAAUUUUAAACUGCUUUUUUGAAAAUGAAAUCUUUAUCAUGUGAACAGUCCAGCUUUUUUGAUGAAGGAAAAUGAGUUAUUCCCAUAUCAUAUAGUAUACACUUUUUGUGACGCCCUGUUUAUAAAGAUUCUACAGUAGAUAAAGCUCCCAUAUACCUCUAAGGAUGCUGUGUGGAACUGUAUACAUUUUGCUCUCAUGAUGAACUAUAGCAAAUACAGUAUGUACUAAUGAUGUUAUAGAAUAAUCAAAGCAGCUUUUAAAUUGUUAUUCUUGGGAGCUAUUAAUGCUCAAAUCAUUUGUUUACAAAUUAGUAAGACACCUGACAUAUUUGAAUUGAUGCAGAAAAUUUUUGUCUACCUAGUGACCCCAAAAUCUUUACUGCAAACUGAGCUAUUGUUUCUUAUUCCUUGCUGAUUCCACACUCUUCAUUAUGUGUUUUGUGUUCAGAUACAUGACCAUGCAUAGUUUUGGCAGCUAUUAUAAUGCUACUGACCUGUCACCUCAUUGUCACUAUAUUGUCAUAAAAAUACUCAGGAAUGUACAAUAAUGACAUAUUCAUAAUUUCAUCCUGAAUAUCAAUUGGACUCUAUGGGUUAAUAUUUCAUCAAACAGGAACAUUCUGUUUCUUUCACUUUUUGAUUCAUCAAGUAAUGCUGGACUUUUAGCUGUUUUAAAUUAUCUUGGAAUGUUUCAUGAGAGCAUAAUUUCCAGUCCCACAAACCUCCAAAAGAUUUGCAAGCAGAUUCAAAGUGAAUAAUUAGAAAGGAUGCAAGGACUGUAUGGAUUAAUAUUGACACUUUAUUUUAAUGAACUCUGGGAGUUUGCUUAUAUAUUUUCCUCUGCCAAUUAUGUAAACUGAUACAUUUGCCUAAACCUUUAUCAUGCUGUAGAAAACUAUAUUGUACAUUGACUUUUACUUGAAAUACAACAUAUUUAGACAUGAAAUGGCAGAAAGAGAUUCAACAAUAUGUAAACUUAAUACAACAUCUAACCAUAAACCAUAAACAGUUCUGAUUGCUCAAGACAUGUCACAUGAUGUAGUAAAGAUCCCUGGGUAAUAUCCUUCUUCUAUAUGUUAAGGGACAUUGCUGAGCAGUCACAGAUUUUAAUAAUUAUAAAGCAAGGAUGCCUUCAUCACCACAAAUUGAGAGAAAACAGACUAUUAACAUAGACCAAAAUUCUGGAAAUAUAACACAUCAUACUGAAAACACUGAUUCAGUAUCAGAACAAAUUGGAUUGUCUAUUAAGAAUUACAAUAUUGUAGAACAUAUUGAUUCAACUGACAGAGAAUUAAAAUCAAACAUACUGAAACCUGAGCCAUCUAUUGAUGCAGUUAGACAACUCGGCUAUAAAAUAGUUAAGACUGAAAAUGGAAAAUUUGAAAAUAGCAGUCAUGAUGUGAAAAGUUCUGGGAAUCAAAUUAAAAAUAAAAGUCAGGAAAUAAAAUCAGAGACAUUUUAUUUUAGUACAGAUGAUGAGUUUGGAGCAACAAAAUUGGAAAAAGAGGCUUAUUUUAAGAGACAAAAAUCUUUACCUAUUUUGAAAAGGGGCACAUCACCAAAACAUGAUAAGCGAGUGAGAAUAGAUUCUGAUAAAGGAAAUAAAUCAUCUUUACAACAGCUAACUCCUUCAAGGAACUAUAUUUUGAGAAAGGAUAUUUGGAGCAAAAUACCCAAAUCACCCAUUGCUAUGGAUACAUCAGAUCAUUUUUCCAAAUCACAGUUUUAUUCCCAACAGCCAAAAGGGACGUUAUCUCCUCGUUUACAAAGGACUUUCAUCUCUGAAUUCCAGAAAUCUGGAAAUUCGGGAUCACAGAGGACUGAUGUGCCUGUUUGGGUUGAUAUCCCCAAAAGUCCUAAUUUUCAUUAUAAAAGGACAUAUAAAACUGGACACAACAGGUCACAAAGUCCUACCAAGACAGUUCAUACCCUAGCACCACCUUGCCCAAUGCCUAAAAGUGCUUCCAAUCAAAAGUUGCUGGAAUCAUCUAGUAAUGUGCGACUAACUCCAUAUCAAAAACGAAAAGUCUAUCAAUCAGGCUUGAUCCGUGGUGAUUCCUCGGACACAAUAAGUUCUGAAAGUGUAAAUAUUCUACCCGAAAGUGUCAAUAUAAGACAUAAAAGUAUACACAUGCCACCAGAAAGUGUCAAUAUAAGACAUAAAAGUAUACACAUGCCACCAGAAAGUGUCAAUAUAAGACAUAAAAGUAUACACAUGCCACCAGAAAGUGUCAAUACGACAUCUAGUUUAGCUCCAAUGAAAUCAACAUCUGUGCAUUCAACCAAUCAUCAUAUUUCUUCACCUCAUACUCGUAAAAAGUUAUCCGUUUCCCAAGAUGGUGAAACACAUCGCCAUCAUGUCACGCCAAUCACUAGGAGAAGAUUCACGGAAGCAGUAUUUGAAAACGAUGGAAAUCAGAAUGUAACAAAUCAGGAGCCACUAUACAGCAACUUUUCAUCAAGCAACCGCAGCAUUUCAAAUUCAAAUCAUGACCAAAUAUUGAUAGCAGAUAGUAAAAAGAAAGGAUCAAAAACAGAUGUGGUAGAUUCUUGGUUCAAUGAUGAUCUGAAAUAUGGGAAAAAUCAUCAUAAAACAGGUGUGUGUUCAACAUACCAACUUGCUUAUAUAUCAGUUGGAAAAUGUUGAUAUGCAUGAAAUCUCAGCCUUGAAUAUUAAAAACUCUAAUAUUUAACUUAUAUGUCAUUAUUUUUCUGUUAUUUUCUCACAGUAAGAGUGAUAUCUUUUCUGUUUUCUUUAUUCCUGUGCUGAUUCCAUCCAUAUAUACCCACUUUAUAUUGCAAUUUGAACAAGUGGUCACUUUAUAG